GAUUUUUUUAUCCAUGCACCAAGCAAAUAUCAAUAGCAAAAACAUAUGAAUUGUACCUCUUUUAAAGACAUGAAAUCAAUUUUUGCUCUCAUCCUCCUCAUUUCAUUUUCUUUGUAUGCAAGCAGAACAGAUGCAAGAAGAGACCCUGGCGUUCCUUUCGAGCCAAGACCAACUCUAACUGCUUAUUAUCAUGAUGAUGCUAGUCUGAAACAAGAAAAGUCUUUUGAACCAAGGCCAACUGCAACUUCUUAUCACGAUAAUGAAGUUGGUCUUAAAGGAAAAAAGUUUUUUGAACCAAGGACGACAUUAACUGCUUACUAUCAUGAUGGUGCUAGUCUCGAACAAGAAAAAUCAUCCUUUACUAAAGAUUUUGAACCAAGGCCGACUUUAACUUCUUACCGUGAUGAUGAAGACAGUCUUAAAGAAGAAAACUCUUUUAAACCAAGGCUGACUUUAAAUGCUUACCAUCAUGGUGAUGUUGGCCUCAAACAAGUAAAAUCAUCUUUUACUAAAGAUUUUGAGCCAAGGCCCACUUUAACUUCUUACCAUGAUAAUGAAGUUAGUCUUGAAGAAGAAAGGUCUUUUGAACCAAGGCCGACUUUAACUGCUUACUAUCAUGGUGAUGUUGGCCUCAAACAAGUAAAAUCAUCUUUUACUAAAGAUUUUGAGCCAAGGCCCACUUUAACUUCUUACCAUGAUAAUGAAGUUAGUCUUGAAGAAGAAAUGUCUUUUGAAUCAACGCCAAAUGUUAGCGUGUAGAACGAUUAAUAUAGCAAAAACAUUGUGUUUCAUUUAGUUUUCUUGUAAACUCCCUCCGUAUGAACGCCCGUUGGAUGUUAUUUGGUUUAUGUAAUAAGGAAGAAUAAACAUUUGUACUAUAGUAUUUCUUGAAUUUAGUGUGAUGGUUGUUUCAUUGUAUGCAAAUUGUCCAAAAAAAAGUGUUAUUAGUU